UGAUCUUCACAAUUGAAAACUCCAAGGAGCAGACUAUAAAUACGAACCUUGCAGAACUUUGUGGCCAAAUCUACCAGCAAACAACAACGAUUUCAGAAGGCUUGUGUAACUCUGCGAUCAUAUAACUACCAGCAAUAAGAAUUUCAGUUUCUAGCAAGACAGAAAAGAGGGGCAAAACCCAGAAACCCAGAGAAAGUUUCGAGGCAAAAGGGAGAAGGAUCGAUGUGUCUGGUGUUCGUUUGUGAUGAGGAUGAGACGGUUCUCUCGCGGCAACCAGCACCGGGGGCGUGCCCGUACUGUGGAGGUUUGGUUCAAGCCAUGGAUGUAGAGAAACAGUGGAGGUUCUGUUUCUUCCCUCUCUAUUGGAGGACCAAGCGCAAGCUCUACUGCAGCUUCUGUGCUAGACGCUUGGUAGUGCAGUGAACCAGUGAUAGGACUCAUAAAACAUAUAGAGAUUGCUGUUUAUGCUAAACUCUGCAAUAUAGAAAGAUUGCAGUUUGUGCUUGUGUAUAUGUAGUGACUUUUUUUGUUGGCACGAGUAUGUAUGAGAUGUUUCGUUAUUAUAGAGAAACUAUAAAAUUGACAGGACUCUUUCUACAUACUUGCAACA